AUGGCUCCUCACGCAGACGGAUCGCAAGGCGGCCAAGGCAGCGGCCAAGGCAACGGCCAAGGCCACGGCGAGCGCAACAUGCCCAAGCCCGAAGAGUACAUCCAGUUCGAGUGCCUUCCGGCCGGCGGACCCCUUAACCGGUGGUCUCACUUCAUGACGCGGGAGCAUGACUUCCCCGGCGCGCAGGGACAUGAUGAAGAACGCGCCCCAUGUGGGCAUUGCGACCGUCUGGUGGGAGGGGAAUCCGUGCAAGUGAGGAUGAGGUUUUCCCUCCAGUCGAGGGAGAUCAUCGCCGACAGCAUCGAGACGGUCACAUGCGCGCAGCGCCACGACGCGAACAUCAGCAUCCCCGGCUGCGACAAGAACAUGCCGGGCGUCGUCAUGGCGGCCGCCCGCCACAACCGCCCCUUUCUCAUGAUCUACGGCGGCACCAUCCGCAAGGGCCACUCCGCGCUCCUCGACCAGGAGAUCAACAUCUCGACGUGCUACGAGGCCUCGGGCGCCUUCACCUACGGCCGCCUGCAGGCCAAGUGCAAGACGGCCGCCGGGGCCGAGGCCACGCCGAGCGACGUGAUGGAGGACAUCGAGCGGCACGCGUGCCCGGGCGCGGGCGCCUGCGGCGGCAUGUACACGGCCAACACGAUGGCGACGGCGAUCGAGGCCAUGGGCCUGACGCUGCCGGGCUCCUCGUCGUACCCGGCCACGUCGCCCGAGAAGCGGCGCGAGUGCGAGCGCGCGGCCGAGGCCAUCCGCACCUGCAUGGAGCGGGACCUCCGGCCGCGCGACCUGCUGACGCGCGCGGCGUUCGAGAACGCGCUGGUGGCCACCGUCGUGCUCGGCGGCAGCACCAACGCGGUGCUGCACCUCCUGGCCAUGGCCAACUCGGCCGGCGUGCCGCUCACGCUCGACGACAUCGACCGCGCCUCGCGCCGCACGCCCCUGCUCGCCGACCUCGCGCCCUCGGGCCGGUACUACAUGGAGGACCUGUACGCCAUCGGCGGCACCCCGGCCGUGCUCAAGAUGCUCAUCGGCCACGGCCUGCUGGACGGCUCCGUCAUGACCGUCACGGGCCGCACGCUCGCCGACAACGUGCGCGACUGGCCGUCGCUGCCGGCCGGCCAGAAGCUGCUGCGGCCGCUGGCCGACCCGAUCAAGGCGACGGGCCACAUCCGCGUGCUGCGCGGCAACCUCGCUCCGGGAGGCGCGGUGGCCAAGAUCACGGGCAAGGAGGGGCUGUCGUUCACAGGGGUGGCACGCGUGUUCGACAAGGAGAGCGCGCUGGACGAGGCCCUCUCCCGCGGCGCCAUCCGGCCGCCCCCGGUGGACUCCUCCGGCGGCGGCAACCUCGUGCUGGUGGUGCGGUACGAGGGCCCGCGCGGCGGGCCGGGCAUGCCGGAGCAGCUGCGGGCCAGCGCGGCGAUCGCGGGCGCGGGGCUGGCCGGGCGGGUCGCGCUCGUCACCGACGGCCGGUACAGCGGCGCCAGCCACGGCUUCAUCGUCGGCCACGUCGUGCCCGAGGCCGCCGUCGGCGGGCCCAUCGCGCUGGUCCGCGACGGCGACCUCAUCACCAUCGACGCCGUCGCCAACAGGAUCGACCUCGUCGGCAUCCCGGGGCUGGGCGGCGGCGCUGCAGACGCCGAGGCGGUCGAGCGCGAGCUGGAGCGCCGCAGGCGGGAGUGGGUGCCGCCCCCGAUGACGCCGAUGCGCGGUGUGCUGGCCAAGUACGCCCGGCUGGUCGGCGACGCGAGCCACGGCGCCGUGACGGACGUGGGCGGGCCGGCGUGGUAG